AUGGAGGAGGACAGUGAAGACAGGCGCUGCGAUCUACGAAGCCAAUCGCAUCGCUGCCGCCAAGGCGAAGCGCGAAGCCCGCAAAUCACAACUUUGUCCAGUACGCACCGCCGCCGCACAACCGCUUCCAACGUGUCCUCGAUGUCAACGGACAUUCCGGGCUCGAAUCGGACUUGUUGGACUUCUACGGAUCAACUGCACCUCUCGGACUGCCUCAACCAUCGUCCCCCCGCCCGCCUCUUCAUCAUCCUCUGCGCCACAAACUACCGCUGUCACUUCUUCUGGACCGCCAAUCUCACCUCAUUCCUCCUCCUCCCCCUCAUCCACCUCCUCCUCCACUGCUCCCACAACGGCCGCUCAGGCGACUGUCCGCGCGCAACAACCGACACCAUCACUAUCACCUCCCCCGACUCCAGCGAUGAGGAUCAGGACUACACCUGCCCUCACUGCGACCGCACAUUCACCUCGCAAAUCGGCCUGGUCGGUCACUUGCGAAUCCAUCGCACAGAGACUGGCGAACCAGUGCCUGAAGCAUCAAUCUACACUCACCGCACUCGUCUCCACUGCCCACAAUGCCCUCGCACCUUCACUCAUCGCAUGGGUCUAUUCCACUACAUGCGCAUCCACGAGAGCGGAAUUGACCGCAGCCUUGACACACCCAUCCGGCCGAGCCCCACUCCCAAUCCACCAGCUUGUGCACCCACUAACCAAUCCCGAACCGACAUCGACGCCACCGACCUUACCACCCCUCACUCCUCCCCUUCCUCCUCCUCUUCCUCCAUCACUGCCACAACGACGGCCACUCCGGCGUCUGUAGUGCACGACUUCAACACAGCCGCACCUGACACAACAACAGGCACAAGCCCUGCAACCUCCAUCAUCAGACGUGAAGGCCAGGACUACAUCUGCCCUCACUGCGAUCGCACCUUCACCUCACGCAUCGGCCUGGUCGGUCACUUGCGAAUGAGACUGGCGAACCAGUGCCUGGAGCACCAACCUACACCCACCGCACUCGCCUCCACUGCCCACACUGCCCUCGCACCUUCACGCAUCGCAUGGGUCUAUUCGGCCACAUGCGCAUCCACGACGACCUGCGGUAGACAACCGCCGGUCACACCACGCAUUCCCUCACUCCCUACCUCCUAA